AUCUUACUUUGGGCGGCUGUUUCUACUUCUACAAUGAGCAAACAGUGCCAGAGAAAUAGAAUUCCAGGUGCUACUCUAAAACUUUAAUAGUUCCUCAAAUCAAAAACUGGUACAAGUUUGGGCCACAGAAACAGAAGCAGAACAUUUUCUUUAGCCUUUAUCAAAGUUUAAGACAGUAAUUCACCCGGCAAUCUUUGGCAGUUCCUGAAGAUAAUGCAUGUCAAUUUCAAUUUUACAGACACUAGCAUUUAACAUAUCUUUAAUAAAGCUUUAAAGCAUAAAAAGAAAGCUUGAAUUGAACAAUAAUUUGAAACUAAAUGAGAGCAAAGGUGUCUGUGUUUGUUUCCAUCCCAUAAAGCAAACCCACUAAUAUUUCCAUACCUCAUCGUUGCCUCCUCUUUAAACCCCACUCUCUUCUUUAUGACUGAGUUUAGCAUUCCUCUCCUCCUUAAUCACCAAGAAAAUCAAUCCCAUUUGCCUAUACAAAAGAGGAAUGUUCACAACUUCCUCCAUCAACUUGUAUUUUAAAAGAAACCCUCAAACACUAGUAUCUUCAUUUUGAGCAAGAAAGAGAACAAGAAAGAAGAGAAACAGAGAUGGGGGUUGAUUGGGGACCUGUGGUGGUGGCUGUAGCACUGUUUAUCCUCUUGUCACCAGGAUUGAUGUUUCAGGUGCCGGCAAGGACCCGUGUGGCAGAGUUUGGUAACAUGUGCACUAGUGGGAUAUCCAUUCUGAUCCAUGCCAUCUUAUACUUCUGUAUAUUCACUAUCUUGAUCGUUGCAAUAGGGAUUCACAUACAUACAUAAACUGAAACGUAAACUCCUAUGAUAAUAUGGGCAGUUCCUUUUCAUAUUCUCAGCUCAAAGUUUCUUCUGCCAUAACUCUGUCUGUUCUGUUAUCCUUGCUAACAAUUGUAUGAUAAACAUCUGCUUUCUCUCUUCUAUAGAUUCCCUUUCUUUAUAUGAAAAUACUAAAUUGACUAUAGUGGUUAAUUGGCUAUGGUUUUGGGCAUGAAUAGAAUAAAAUAAAAUAAUUCUU